GGGGCAGAGCAGGAGUUCAAGGUUCCAAGAAGGUUCAUUGGAUUAUUGCCGUACUGAUACCGGCCAGCAUUGUGACACUUUGCUAAGAAAGCACGCAAUACGUGAUCGGCGCCAUUUCAUCUUCGUCCUUGUUGAUACAAAGACCAUCAUGGCUCCCUCACUUCUUGAAACCCAGCCAACGGCACCCCACCAAUUAUCAAACACGUCCCAGAAGUCUGUGGACAGAAAGAUCUUCCCAGACGGUAUCAAGACAUCUGGUCAACAUCCACCCUUGCUUGACCAAAUCAAGCCAUACUCCAGUUUCCCCAAGGAGAUUACAGGUGAGACAGUCUGGAAGGCAGAAGACUACAAGGACAAUCCAGAAAGAUGGGUGCAUGUGUUCAACGACGAGGAAAUUGCCGAACUGGGUGCUGCUGCGGAUAAGUUUCUGGCUGAUAAGACUCCAUUGACUGGUAUUUCGAAGGAGAACUUCAUCAUCCCCAAACUUUCAGUCUUGUUGAACUCUAUUCGAACCGAGAUCUUAAACGGCAAAGGAUUUAUUCUGUUCAAGGGCUUCCCAGUAGAGAAAUGGGGCAACCACAAGUCUGCGGUCGCAUACAUGGGUCUGGGCACAAUCUUGGGUUAUUUUGUCAGUCAGAAUGGUCGAGGUCACGUCCUCGGUCAUGUCAAAGAUGUCGGCGAUGAUCCAACCCAAACUCACAAAGUCCGAAUUUACAGGACGAAUGCUCGCCAAUUCUUCCACGCCGACGACUCAGAUAUCGUAGGCCUUCUCUGUAUAGCUCGCGCUCUCGAGGGCGGUGAAUCCGACAUCGUAUCCUCUCACCACGUCUGGAACACCCUACAGAAAGAACGCCCUGACGUCGCGGAGACGCUCACAAAACCCAUCUGGUAUUUCGACCGUAAAGGGGAAACCAGCGUCGGCGAAGAGCCCUACAUCAAGACCUCUGUCUUCUACCUCGAGCGCGGCGAGAACGGCCGAGUAUACAGCAAAUGGGAUCCCUACUACGUGAAGAGUCUCAGCCGGUUCAUGGACGCGGGCAUCAUUCCUCCCUUGUCACCAGAGCAAUUAGAGGCUGCUAAGGUGCUGGAGGAGACGUGCCAUCGCCUUAGACUACAUAUGAUUCUCGAGGUUGGGGAUAUCCAGUUCUUGAGCAACGAGCAUGUUCUACAUGCGAGAACAGAGUAUAAAGAUCAUGCGCCACCUACGCCAAGGAGACAUCUGAUGAGGUUGUGGCUUGCGACUCCUGAGUCGGAAGGAGGAUGGAAGUUGCCAUUUCAUGACUCGGCGGAGAAGAAGAGGGGUGGUAUUCAGGUUAAUGAUACGCCUCCUGUUUGUCCGCUAGAUGCUGAAUAGAUGGAUGGGUAAUAUUAUGUACAUA